AUGGCGAACUCGAAGCAGGUAAUCAAUCUCCCUCGCUUCCUUGCCCAACCCAUAACCUGGAAUGCGUCAUCUUCCAUCAUCAAUUCACUCUUGGUGACAGCCAGACCCACUGCUGGACUGUCUCUGCAUCUAUAUGCUUCAAAACAGCCACCACAAGCAGUUUCCAGCCGAUCCCUACCCACCUCUCUGGCAUAUCCCCUAUACAGCCUCCCGUCGUUACUCUCGAGAUCCUACUCUAUGUCUGCGACCAAGCCACUCCCCUCAACCACCACUCUUCAUGACACCUCCUCCGCUUCAAUUAGACAUAAUGGCGUAUACGUCGCAACAUUCAAGCCCGCCCGCCGCGCCUUUCACAACACUCCAGCCAACCAGAGAGAUCACCAUUUCGAUACACUCAAGAUUGUCCAGCGACUCAAGCGCGAAGGGUUUAGCGAGGAGCAGGCAGUAGCGUUAAUGAGAGUGCUGAAUGAUGUGAUAGAAGAGUCGAUUCAAAAUUUGAAGCGAACUAUGGUUCUAAGAGAGGAUUCCGAACGUUUGACAUAUACUCAAAAAGUCGACUUUGCUAAACUUCGUUCCGAACUCUUAAAUUCCGACUCAACUGAAGCUCAACUAACCCGCGCAUCCCACGAUCGAAUUGCGGGCGAUAUCCAGAAGCUAAACUCCCGCCUCCGCGACGAAAUAGGGCGUACACAGGCGUCCGUGAGACUGGAUUUGAACCUGGAAAAGGGCCGGAUUCGAGAAGAGGCAAACGGGCAGGAGAUGAGAAUCAAGGAGACGGAAACCAGAAUUGAGCAGGAAGUUGCCGGGCUAAGGGAGAGAGUUGAAGCCGUGAAGUUUUCGACUUUGCAAUGGCUAAUGGGUGUCUGCACGGGUACCGCUGCCCUCAUUUUGGGUGCUUGGCGCCUAUUAAUGUGA